CUUUGGACGCCUAGUGUUGAGGUCUCCGCGUCCCCUAUCACGUACGUGGAUCUUGGAGACUUCGGGGUCUACCGCAGUGAUUGUCAGCCUUCCUUACGCUGAGAGUUCCUUCAGUGCAAUUCCUCAGUGGAGGAACUUCCCGAUGCGUACAGUGCCUGGACCCGUGUUGCUAGAAAUCUGCCCACGCUCAUUCAGAACGGACAGCUUCGGGAAGAAGCUGAGAAGCUGCCGCUGCUACGCACUGACGAGCUCAGAGGGCACAGGCUCCAGCGCCUGGCGCACUUGGCCCUGGGGUGCAUCACCAUGGCAUACGUGUGGAACCAAGGAGGUGACGAUACCCGAAAGGUGCUGCCCAGCAAUAUCGCUGUCCCCUACUGCGAACUGUCUGAGAAGCUGGGGCUGCCUCCCGUUCUGUCUUACGCAGACUGCGUCCUGGCAAACUGGAAAAAGAAGGACCCCAAUGGGCCCAUGACAUAUGAGAACAUGGACAUUCUGUUCUCAUUUCCCGGUGGGGACUGCAGCAAAGGCUUCUUCCUCGUCUCGCUGUUGGUGGAAAUCGCAGCUUCUCCUGCAAUCCAAGCAAUCCCCGCUGUAUCCAAUGCGGUAACUCACAAAGACCCGAAAGCGCUGGAAAAGGCACUGAGUCACAUAGCUACCAGUCUGGGGGACGCCAAGGAGUUUUUUAAGAAGAUGCGAGACUAUGUGGACCCAGACCAGUUUUUCCAUGUCCUUCGCAUAUAUUUGUCUGGCUGGAAAGGCAAUCCCAAGCUGUCAGAUGGUCUGCUGUAUGAGGGUGUCUGGGACACCCCCAGAAAGUUUUCAGGGGGCAGUGCAGGCCAGAGCAGCAUCUUUCAGUGUCUUGAUGUCCUUCUGGGAAUAAAGCAUAAAACUGGUGAAGGAUCUCCUGCAGAAUUCCUCCAGGAAAUGAGAGAGUACAUGCCUCCGGACCACCGUGAAUUCCUCUGCUCCCUGGAGUCGGGCCCCUCAGUCCGCGAGUUUGUCAUUUCAACAGGAGAUAAAGACUUGAAGAACGCAUAUAAUGAGUGUGUGAAUGGCCUGGUCUCUGUGAGGAAAUUCCACCUCGGAAUAGUAGAUACGUAUAUUGUGAGACCUUCCAAGCAGCAGCCCAAAGAAGGUUGUAAGUCAGAAGAACCCUCAAACACGGAAAACAGAGGGACUGGGGGUACUGAUGUCAUGAAUUUCCUGAAGAGUGUGAAAGAUGCAACUGAGAAAGCCCUUCUGGGUUGAGCUUAGUGCAGCAAGGAUGCAGGUGCACAGAAAUCUGCCUAUGUCCUGUCAUAGCUCAUUAAAUCAGACCCACUGAGUAGGAACAUGAAAUAAUUUACCAGUCAUACACUGUAUAGAUUUUAAAAUAAUCUGUGCACUCCCUGUAGGAAAAUAACAAAAGUGAACUAUUUAAUAAUACUUUAAAAUGAUAAGAAAUGCUCUAAAUUAGAUUUAUAAUUAAAAUAUAAUAAUGAAAAUCAAUAAAUAGAAAUUGCAUAAUCCUUGUGUCCUUUGUAGCUGUUAUCUACUUUCCAUGGCCAAGUCCUAUACUUCCAAAGUGUGAAAAACUCUAUACUUUUUCAUUGUUACCUUCUGGUUAGUCUGUAUUCUUGUCACAGAGUAAACUAUGGAUGUCAGACUGUUGUUAACCAGUCUCAGCACAUAUCUCUGGAAUGAAUAUAUAAAAGAACAAAUGAGCGUGUGGGUUCAUUAAUCCCACUUCCAGCUGACACUCUCUGCUGCCAUGUGGCUAAAUAUGUGACCAUCCAGCUUCCUGCUUUGGCUGCCUGCUUCAAUGCCUUCCAAACUAUUACUGAUAUUCUCUCUGGAACCACAAGCCAAAAUGAACUAUUUUUUUUUCCUGUAAAUUGCUUUCAGUAAUAGUAUUUCACCACAGAAUCAGAAAAGUAACUAAUAAAUCUUUGUGAUACAA